AAAAGGAAAGUCCAUCUUAAGUGAAGUAGCUUCAAACUAAUAAGCUCAGCUUAAGCAUUGAAUUGAACCAAAAACACAAAAAGCAUUCAGAAAAUGCAGAAAUCCCGCAAAAGAAAGCAGCUUGAGCUUGAUCACAAGCCUCAGUCUGAGUCUGACUCUGGAACCAAACUCACCAAGGACCCAUAUCCGACCCACACUCGACCCACCCGAGAAGAAUGCAUAGCCGUACGAGACGACCUCUUGGCCCUCCAUGGCUUCCCCAAAGAGUUCGCCAAGUACCGCAGAGACGAGAACCAAAUCCAAUUCGAUGAUGGGGAUGCCAAGGAGACUGUUUUGGACGGUUUGGUUAAAACCGUGCUCUCCCAGAACACUACGGAAGUUAAUUCUCUGAGGGCUUUUGAUUCUCUCAAGUCUGCUUUUCCCACCUGGGAAGAAGUCCUUGCUGCUGAAUCAAAAUGUUUAGAGAAUGCCAUAAGAUGUGGAGGUUUAGCCCCAACUAAGGCUUCUUGCAUUAAGAAUAUAUUGAGUUGUUUGCUUGAGAAAAAAGGCAAAUUGUGCUUGGAGUACUUGCGAGAUUUGUCAGUUGAUGAAAUUAAGGCUGAGCUAUCUCAAUUCAAAGGAAUUGGCCCCAAAACGGUGGCUUGUGUUUUGAUGUUCAAUCUUCAGCUAGACGAUUUUCCAGUGGACACACAUGUGUUUGAGAUUGCAAAGGCCAUUGGUUGGGUACCAGCUCUGGCUGACAGGAACAAGACAUAUCUUCAUCUUAAUCAACGUAUCCCAAAUGAACUUAAGUUUGAUCUUAACUGUCUUCUGUAUACCCAUGGUAAGCUCUGCCGUAAAUGCACCAAGAAAGUGGGUAAGCAGCAAAGAAAGGAACCCCAUGAAAUCUCUUGUCCUCUGUUAAAUUACUGCAAGAACUCUUUGUAUGAAAUCAAGUUAAUAAAUUCAAUUUAAGGUUGAAAGCCUUGCUUGAUCCUA